CCAAACCAAACCAAACCAUAUAAUAAAAUAAUAUCGCUCCAUGCAAUAUUUAUUUUUACAUAUUUCCCACCAUUUAAAAAUCACCGGUUAGAAGCAUCCUUGCUUCUACGUGUUGUUUGUCAUUUUCUCCAAAUACAUUGCCCCUUCGUCUCUUUAAAUCUAGCUACUUCCUAUAUCCAAUUUAAUCCCUUCAUCACCGAAUUUCUCCAUUUCAAGAUAAUGACUUUCCAAACCCAAGAAAGCACAAAAUUCCCAAGAAUCCAGCAAAGUUUUGCUCCAUUAGAACAUCGUCCCAUGUUGCUCAAAGACUUCCUCAAUGACGACACGCCAUCAUCGUCGAACAAGUCAACUGCGGUUUCAUCAAGGUCAAACAAGCCCCACAUCGUACUGCUCCGAAGCUGGUCGAGGAGGGCCGCCGCCACGAAGAUCUCGGCCGUCCAUAAAGUGAUCAAGCUGCUCCAGUUCGCCUCCUCGAAAUCGCCGGCGUCGGUUCUGCCGAGGACCAUUUCGAGGAAGUUGACCGGAAAGAGGGUCAAAGCCGACGACAGCGACCUCGUAGUAAGCGUCCCGGAAGUCAAAGCCAAAGUCAAAGACAUCCUGCGGUGGAGAUCGUUCAGGGACCUGUCGGAGGAUGAACCUAAGCCGUUGGAUUUCCAUCCAUCACCUAACUGGCGCGCCACCUCCUCUGCCGCCGCCACCACCACUUCAUGCAGCAAAAGAUCGAGCUGGUGCGACAGUGAUUUUACCGCGGAGGAGUUACCGCCAUGGGGCGGUGAAAAUGAAGAGUUCUCCACCUUCAAGAAUCCCAAGGGAGAUUGGUCAUCGUUUGAAGAAUACGAGCAGCAAAGCCCUGUUUCAGUUCUUGAAUCACCAUUUCUUCAAGCUCAAGAAUUCACUCAGUUUCAUCCAAUUCUAGAAAAUGUUCAAAGCAUAGGAGCAAAAUGGUGCCUCACCCAAAGAACUCAAGAAGAGACAACUACUCUCAAGGAAGAAAUCACCGUUCACGAAGAGAAAGCAAGGCAGCUGUUGAGCCAAGUCGAAGAAGACGAAGAGCGCCAUGCCGACAAGGUUGAAGUGUUGUUGGAUUUCUUCGUCGACGAAUUUUCUAGAAAUGGGAGGUUGAAUGAUGAAGAGUUUGAUUCUGAGCUUUUGAGGAUUGCAAAAUCAUGGAUGUGUGGGGAGUUGGAGGAAUCCUAUGAAUGGGAGUUUGAGGAGGCGAGAGGUUCAUUUGUUAAGGAGAUGGAGAGAGGAUUUUGUUGGAAGAAAUUUGAGGAAGAGAGGGAAGAGUUGUGUGAGGAAUUGGAAGUUGGGGUUUUGAAUUGUUUGUUAGAUGAUCUUGUUGCUCAUUUUCUUUGCAAGAUGAAAUGAAACACAAGAUAUAUGAUAAGUCGUAUUCUAGGCCUUGGUUACGGGUCA